CAGUACCGAACCGAACCGACUGAUGCACACCCCUACAUAUAUAUAUAUAUACCUUAGCAUUUGCAAUUAUAUGCCAACUUUAGAGCAUCCAAGUUUGAAAACACUGUAACGUGGAAGUACUAUUAUAUGGAAGGCAGUGACGGCAACAGAGGGAAGAAGGAGAAUGAAGAGAAAGGAAGAGAAGAAGUGCGUUAUAGGGGCGUGAGAAGAAGGCCUUGGGGAAAAUUCGCGGCUGAAAUUCGAGACCCUUCAAGACAGGGAGCAAGAUUGUGGCUUGGAACAUUUGAUACUGCUGCGGAAGCUGCUCGUGCUUAUGACAGGGCUGCAUUUAACUUGAGAGGUCAUCUUGCAAUCCUUAAUUUUCCAAAUGACUAUUAUCCUCAACUUGUCGGAUCCACUCCUCGUCCUCAUCACUCAUUUUCUUCUUCUUCUUCUUCGAGUGCAAGCCAGAGUUUCGAAUGGGGAAGUUCGUCCACCGGGCAAGAAAGGCAAGUUUUUGAAUUUGAGUAUUUGGAUGACAAGGUGUUGGAGGAUCUGCUUGAAUCAGAAGAGGAGAAGAAGAAACGACAUCAAGAUUGACCUUCAUUAUAUAUAUAAUUUCUGGGUUUUAUUAUUCUGAUUGUCUUGAGUUUAAUGAAAUCCCUCAUCAUAAAUUUUCAUAUUAAUAAUUAUAAGACUAUUCUAUAUUAAAGAAUCAUUUCCUAUU